UGGGCAGGGCAGGGCGUGGGCGGCCCGGGGAGAGACUCCGGCCGCCCGCCCCGCGCUCACAGCUCCCCGCGCCGCUCCCAGACGCAGCCUCCCGUGCCUCGCUCAACUCCAGCAUGGCAAAAAUCUCGAGCCCUACAGAGACUGAGCGGUGCAUCGAGUCCCUGAUUGCUGUUUUCCAGAAGUAUGCUGGAAAGGAUAAUUACAACUGCACUCUCUCCAAGACUGAGUUCCUAAGCUUCAUGAAUACAGAACUGGCUGCCUUCACAAAGAACCAGAAGGACCCUGGUGUGCUUGACCGCAUGAUGAAGAAACUGGACCUCAACUGUGAUGGGCAGCUAGAUUUCCAGGAAUUCCUUAAUCUUAUUGGCGGCAUAGCUGUGGCUUGCCAUGACUCCUUUCUCAAGGCUGCCCAUCCCCAGAAGCGGAUCUGAGGACCCCGUGGUCAUGGUCUCCAAACCUACCCCCUUUCCUUCCAGCCUCCCGGUCAUCAUCCCCUCCUCACAGCCCACACUCCCCUGAGCAUAGCACACCCGCCACCCCAUGCAGGCCUCACCUGCAGGUACUAAUAAAACUGUGUCAUUUUUUUAAAACAGGA